AUGGUGAACACAGGCCUGCAGCUGAUCAGCUUCACCUGCGCAGUGACUGGCUGGGUGAUGGCCAUCGCCGUGACGGCGCUGCCCCAGUGGAAGGUGACUGCCUUUGUAGGCAGCAACAUCCUCACCUCCGAGAUUGUGUGGGAGGGCAUCUGGAUGAACUGCAUCUACCAGACCACCGGCCACAUGCAGUGCAAGACCUACGACUCGCUGCUGGCGCUGCCGGCCGACGUGCAGGCGGCGCGGGCCCUCAUGUGCCUGUCCAUCUUCCUGGGCUGGCUCUCCUGCACCGUGUCCUGCUGCGGCAUGAAGUGCACCACCUGCGCCGGCGACGACCGGCAGGCCAAGGCGGCCAUCGCGCUCUCCGGCGGCGUGCUCUUCAUCGUCACCGGCCUGUGCGUGCUGGUGCCUGUCUCCUGGACUGCCAACACCGUCAUCCAGGACUUUUACAACCCGGCCGUGCCCAUCGUGCACAAGCGCGAGCUGGGCCAGGCCAUCUACCUGGGCUGGGCCUCGGCCGUCAUCCUCAUGCUGAGCGGUGCUGUGCUGAGCAGCACCUGCCCCCAGAGCGAGCGGAGGGGCUACCGCCGGGGCUACAUGGGCCGCAGCUUUGCCAAUACCCGCCCCUCGGCGCCGGAGCCCCCCAAACCCAUCUCCACCAGCAGCCUGCCCCUGAAAGAGUACGUCUGA